CUUAGAAUUGUGGUCAUUGGUCUGAACCAAGAUACCCACGAUCAAGCCAUGAUUUUGUUUCCCAUGUCGUGAACCGGACAGUUUUCUUAAACCUGUUGUGUCUUAAACCAACAAACCUUGUUAGCUGGGCCGGACGAGGGUCCCUACAGUAGAAUUGCAAUUCAGUAGAAGUCAUUGUAUUUUUAAUCAUAGAUGUUCAAUCUCUUUUAACAGUAUGGAGUUCACACAAUUUUGAUAAACAGACUGGACGUAUUAACCCCUUUUGUUACCUGGGUGCAUGAAAAGGUUGCAAAACAAGAUGUGCAUAACAGUUUUCUUCUUGAUCAUUGAUCAUUGACUCUUGAGAGUGUGAGAGAGAGCUGGAACCAAUUGUGUCUGGACUCUGGACCAGAUUUUCACUAAUACUAACCUGUCACCCCACACAUUGGGCAUAUAGCCAUAUAGUGUUAAGAGGAUGUCUGUGUUGAAGUGGGUGGAGACAGGAAAAUCAUUCCUGUAGUGAAUUUCUAUCACAUGGGUUGUGCAAAGAAACAGAGAGUAUUCAGGGUUGCCUUGUUUGCAAACACUGUACCUGACACCGAUAUACCGACAUACAUACCCAUCAUCAUUAACUCAACUAGGCCGAAUUUGUUUCUUUAUCCACUCCACUUGGCAAUCCAACACAAGAUAAAUUUCUUUUAUCACUUUUAAAUCUGUGUCCAUCAUCAUCAAACAAAGACCACCUAUAGACUCGAGUCUUAAAAACAUUAUCCACAUUUUACCCUACAUUUUUAUUUACACCGGACAAGUGACUGGUAAACAGCCCACAUGUAUGUAAGACCCUGUAACCCUUAUGGACUAGUUGAGACUUGGGUCGAGACCCAGCGUGACAAGAUAACACAGGGUGACAUUCGCACACGUUGGGGUGAGUAAUGAUCCAUCUCACAAAUUGCGAUAAUGGAAACAUCAUCUAAGCAUUCGCACGCGGUGGACUGAGCAAGGACCCAUCUUGUAAAUUGUGAUAAUAGAAACAUCCAUCGGUCUUGAACUUACGACUUACCGUUGAACUUGAACUUACGACUUCCCGUUUGCACUAUGAAUAACCGCUGUCAAGGUCAUCAUCUCAACCAAUCACCCUUUGUUGUUUCCCACCAUUAAUGAAGAAAACUUAAAACGGUUAAAGUUAAAUCUAGCACACCAAUCACUUACUCGGAUUUCACUCUCAUAUAUAUGAGCACUUUCUCUUAGGUACCUCCAUGGCUCCAUGGUAGUCCACACCCAUUAUGUUCGAAAAGUAAGAGAGAGAGGGGUAUUUAUUGGCCCCUACAAGUUACAACACAAUCUCUUAUUCUUGAGUAUGAGCUUUUCGAAGCAUUCUCUUAGAAGUGAUGACACGUAGUUUUGGAGAAAAGUGGGCCCCAUCCUCUUCAUGCCUAUAUAUAUCAGUAAUUUAAUCCAAUCUCUUCUCUCCAUAACCAUAUUGAAAGCCCUUCCAAAAACACUCUCAAACAUACAAUUCCAACCUCAUUUAUUUUAUUAUCUUGAAAAGUUAAGAAGAUUCUAUAUAUACCUUAAUGUGCAACCCAAAACCACCUUCUCCAUCUUCAUUCAUAGCCCCUAAGAAAACCCAUUUCAUGGAUCCCCUCAAAACUAUGGAUCUUCCCUCGGAUGAGCAACAAGAACUCCAUAGAUGGCCUACUACUUCAGAGGUGAUGGAGGAAGUGAAAGCUAUAGGGAAGAUCUCAGGACCAACAGCAAUAACCGGUCUACUUAUGUAUUCAAGAAGCUUGAUUUCUAUGCUCUUUCUUGGCUACCUUGGAGAGCUUGAGCUCGCCGGAGGGUCACUCUCGAUCGGUUUCGCUAACAUCACCGGUUACUCUGUGAUCUCUGGAUUAGCAAUGGGAAUGGAACCAAUUUGUGGACAAGCAUAUGGAGCAAAACAAAUGAAAUUACUAGGAUUGACCCUCCAAAGGACAGUGCUCCUCCUCCUUUCCACAUCUAUUCCCAUCUCUUUCAUGUGGCUUAACAUGAGUAGAAUCCUCUUGUGGUGUGGUCAAGACCAAGAAAUAGCAAAUAUUGCUCACACUUUCAUCUUGUUCUCAACUCCUGACUUGAUUUUUCUUUCACUUCUCUACCCACUUAGAGUCUACCUUAGGACACAAAGCAUUACAUUGCCUUUGACUUAUUGUUCUGCCAUCUCUGUUCUCCUUCACAUCCCACUCAAUUUCCUCCUUGUAGUCCACUUCAAAUUAGGCAUUGCAGGUGUUGCAAUUGCCAUGGUUUGGACUAAUCUCAAUCUCUUUCUUUCACUGACUUUGUUCGUCUAUUUCUCCGGCGUGUAUAAAGAUUCAUGGAUUAGCCCUACAACCGAUUGCCUUAAGGGUUGGUCAUCUCUGCUCGCUCUCGCGGUGCCAACUUGUGUGUCUGUUUGCCUUGAAUGGUGGUGGUAUGAAUUCAUGAUACUACUCUGCGGACUAUCAGUUAGCCCAAAAGCCACCAUUGCUUCAAUGGGAAUACUAAUCCAAACCACCUCCUUAGUCUAUGUUUUCCCUUCAGCACUGAGUCUUGGUGUAUCAACAAGAGUUGGGAACGAAUUAGGCGCUAAUCGCCCCGCCAAGGCCCGCAUUUCGAUGAUCUCCUCUCUGGCUUGCGCGGUCGGAUUAGGCCUAACUGCUAUGCUAUUCACAACACUAAUGAGGCACAAAUGGGCUACAUUUUUCACAAAUGAUCCAGAAAUCCUUGAGCUUACCGCGAUUGCAUUGCCAAUCGCCGGACUUUGUGAGCUCGGAAAUUGUCCUCAGACAACCGGGUGUGGGGUUUUGAGAGGAAGUGCAAGGCCUACAAUUGGAGCUAAUAUCAAUUUGGGAUCAUUUUACUUGGUGGGUAUGCCUGUUGCAGUAUUUUUGGGGUUUGUGGUCAAAAUGGGAUUUGCAGGGCUAUGGCUCGGAUUAUUAGCAGCACAAGGUUGCUGUGCUUUGCUUAUGCUUGUUGUUCUAUGCAGAACAGACUGGAUUGUUCAAGUGGAGAGAGCAAGAGAACUUACACAAACCAGCUCUUCUACUACUUCUCCAAUACUACCAAUAUCAUCAUCAUCAACCACAAAAGCAGAAAAAACCAGUAAUUCCACCAUUGUUGAGGAGAUUCUGUGCAUUAAUGAUGAGAUUGUGAAGUCACUUGAAACAGACCCACUGAUAUCUACAACACAAACUGUGCAUUGAUUAGAGUUUUUUUAUCAUGACUUGCUAAUUUUUUGCUGAUAAAUUGGUUGUGUGAAUUUUUAUUUUGAUCCACUACUUGUACUGUAAAAUACCAAUUUUUCUUCACUAUUUAUAUAUCUUUCUUUGUGAAAAGUGUAGGGAAAAAACUUUCUGCCUAGCUAGCUAGCUAUCCCUUCCUUGUUA